UCGUUAAGAAACUCCAUAAUCCGGCUUCAGAUGUUCUGUCUGUGAGAGCUCUAUCUGGAAUUAGUAUGAGCUCUCAGGCAGCUAGGACCCGCCCUGUAAGGGUGUGCCGGCGUCGGAGGAUGGGAUUGGACUUGGAUCUUAAUUCCCUGCCAAAUGAGGUCCCUGAAGUGCAAGGUACUCAAGAUCCACCUCAGGGAAGAGCUAACCAACAUAGGCAGCCUCAGCCGCCGGUGCCAAUUGAUGUUGAUGCCAUUGAUGACGAUGUUCUGCUGUCAUCUCCUAGGGCAUUUGCAGAGGCUCGAAGCAAGGCCAGGAGGAAUCGCGGGAGACCUGCUGUUGUUGAUGUGGAGUCAGAUGUUUUCUUCUGCUCUCCCUCACUCUCUCUCUCUUUAGUUGCUGCAGAAGAAAGAAGUACUGCAAGGUCAGGGCAUAAUCAUCGCAGCAGGCGCAGAAGAGUUGCAUCGAAUCAAUCUGUAACAAACUCUGAUCUUUGUAUAAAUUUAGAAACCAGUAGCAACUCCAAGAUGAAGGACUCGGCAAAGUCAUCUUCACCAGCUCCAAAGGGACCGACUUUCAGUUGCCCUAUCUGCCUGGGCACACUAGUGGAUGGCACAACGACAAAAUGCGGUCAUAUCUUCUGUAAAUCAUGCAUCAGGGCUGCCAUAGCGGCUCAGGGUAAAUGUCCUACUUGCAGGAAACCAGUUGCCACAAAAGAUCUCAUCAGGGUUUUUCUCCCAGCAACCACUUGAUCGAGGGAGUGUUCGUGCUGGGACAACAAAUCUAUAUAGGAUGUCAUUGUGCUGUUUCAAAGUGAACUGUCUGAUAGGAGAGAUUGAGUUAUAUUUACUCUGGGAACGUGCGUCUUGGUUGCCACUGCUUGAGUUCCUUGUAUAUUGCUAUAGAACCUGUCGGGUCGUUUCAGAUGUUGAUGUCUUUUGUUCAUUCGAAGAUAGGGUCGGAGGCAUGAAGUCUAGAAAUAUUACAAGAAUCUUGUGACACUAGGAUAGUAUCGCUUUACAUGUUGAAUGUGGCUGCUAGCUCAUGAUGCUUAUGAUCAAUCGUUUCAUCGUUUGAGAUAGAA